AUGAACGACGCCAGCAACCAGCCUCAGAGGCCCCUCGACCUCAACAUCCACUUCUGGGAAAUGAUGAUGCUACUAGCCAAGGAGCCCGGCUUGCGACGGCUGGGAGAUGCUUUCCUUUCCCGUCCCCGUCAGGCAGAUUCCCGCCAGCCGGGAGCAGCGGCAGAGGGGGCUGACCAUUUCCCGGCUGCAGCGAGGCUGCCCAGCCACCGAGGAGGACCCGCGGCUACCGCCUCCUGCCUCUUGGAAGACGAUGCCUUCGUCCUGGAGCCGGGAGAAGCGGUUCUGCUUGGAGAAAAUGGAAGCGAGCCGGCUCGAUCUCCUGGAGGAGAAGCACGCGGAGGAGGACGACGCAGAGAGGCAAACGGAGAGCCUCUUCCUAGAAGUCAAGCCCACCCUGCCCCUGGACAACAUGCCUGGCACCUGUGGUCUCUGAGAGUAUUGCGAACAGUGGAGCGUACAGGGCAUCCCACAAUCUGGAAAGCCUACAGCCGGGGCUUGCGUCGCUUCAUUGCUUUCCGUGAAGAAAGAGGACUGCCUUCAUCCUGGCCAAUUCCAGUUGACCAGAUCAGAGGGUUCGUGGAGGCUAUGGAUUCCUCAGGCAUAUCUUCACCCAAAAUAACAAUGUACUUAGGAGCACUUUCCCAUAUCUCUGACAUGUUCAAUUUCCAGAAUCCUUUUCAGGACUUCCUCACUGCUCGUAUGGUGGCCGGCGUGCUGAGGCAAAGAAUUGAAAGGGAAAGCUGGCGUCCACUAACCAUAGAGACCCUGAGAUCCCUGAUGGGGACCAUUGAAAGUGUGUGCAACAACAACAACUAUGAAUAUGUCUUAUUUCGGGCAGUAUUCAACCUGGCUUUCUUCGCAGCGCUGCGUCCAAAAGAGAUGGUUGCUGAGCACUCUACUGUGCCACACACAGCACUUCUGCUUCUGAGUGACCUGGAGAUGUCUGAUGAUGGUGUUAGCAUUCUCCGAAAUGUAGUGGAGACGUCUGUUGUUCACCUCAGGUUCUCAAGGGAUCAAUGGCUCUGCCCUGUCCAGGCCCUCCACGACUACUUAGCAGUAAGGCCCCAAGGUGAAGGGCCUCUCUUCAUGUAUGGCAACAAGGAGCUGCUGACCAGAGAGCGGUUUCUAGCCGUCUUUUCUGCUGCCCUGAGGGUUCUUGGGCUCCCACCAGAGCAGUACAGCAUCCACUCGUUUUGGCUGGGGUCUGUUGUGACUACAGUGAGGUAUCGCUUCCCUCAAGAAAUUAUCUUUCAUUUGGCACGGUGGCCAUGUAGGCGCAUCCCGAGUGACUAAAGUGGUGAACUCUGAUCAACACACGGGCACCAACUGUCUUGAGAAGUCUUCAGCUCCUGCAACUCCGUCCAAGCUGGAAUUUGUAUUUCUCUGUACUGUCUUCGUUGUAUUUUAAAGUGCUUUUAGUUGUACUUGUAAGCUACCUUGAGAUCCGUAGUCUGAAAAGCAGGGUAUCAAAUGUGUUAAAUAACCAUUUUGACUACUUGAUAUUUUUAAAGACAGAAUUCUUAGACCCAUAGAGACUACUUUUUAUUCUAUCUGACAGUGGAGAACAAUGUUAAACACUUUUUAAGGGACUGAUACACGUUUGUUAACUUGAUUUACCAUCUCUUUCUGUUUGUUACACACUUGCUGCCCCCUCUCCCAAAAAAAUAAUUAAGGAGGGGGAGAGUUAGGUUCCUAUAGAAACAUAGGUAGCUCCCACAUGCAUAUUAUGCAUGCAGGUGUGUUAGAAUCAGAAAAAGACAGUCUAUUCUGGUAUUUUUAAAAAUACUUUAUACUUUGUAAGGCCAGUGUUAAUCAGUGUGUUAAUCAACUGAUCAAUAGAGAGUUGAUUAUAUGCAAGUAAUGGAGUGGUAGUGGUAUAAGAUGGUGAUCAUCCAGAAAUUAAGUCUAAGGUUCAAGUCAUAUGAGCUGUGUGAUUUUAUACACUUAUUUUAUAGCAAUUAUCAACUAUAUUGUAACUAGUUGUAUUCCUUGGUCCCAGAAACAUUGCAUGUGCAAAAAUUGUUGUAAACCACUCUGAGCCCACAGACUAGAGUGGGCUAUAAUCUACUAGUUUUGGUUCCUUUUCCAUGUUGUAUUUUACAGAUAUUUCUAAACAUGAGAAUAUUUACAAUUAAUAAAGUGUUCUGCAAAAUUUG